AUGAGUCAAGUAGACACUAGGGCUAGAGUGUAUGCAGAUGUUAAUGAACAACGACCCAAAGAAUACUGGGAUUACGAAUCACAUAAGGUAGUAUGGGGAAAUCUUGAUGACUACAAGAUGGGUGAAAUGAUAGGCCAGGGGGGCUCAGGUGAAGUAUUUGAGGCUGUCAAAAUUGCAACAAAUGAAAAAGUUGCCAUUAAAAUGCUCAUGGAUGUACCAGAGCUGAAAAUCAAGCGAGAGAUAACAAUUUUGGAGAAUUUGCGAGGUGGUCCCAACAUCAUAAAUUUGUUGGACACUGUGAAAUGUCCUCAGUCAGGAACCCCAGCUCUAGUUUUUGAAUAUGUAAACAACACUUACUACAAAGCAUUGUACCCGACCUUAUCAGACUAUGAUAUACGAUUUUACAUCUAUGAGAUUCUAAAGGCCUUAGAUUACAGUCACAGCAUGGGCAUUAUGCACAGAGAUCUGAAACCUGAAAACAUCCUGAUUGACCAUGAGAACAAAAAGGUUUGGCUGAUCGACUGGGGCCUGGCAGAAUUUUACCAUCCUGACAAAGCAUACAAUACACAAAUUGCUUCCCGGUGCUUCAAAGCUCCUGAGUUGCUGGUAAACUAUGGGAAGUAUAAUUAUAGUAUAGAUUUGUGGAGCUUAGGGUGUAUCCUGGCAAGCAUGAUCUUUCGGAAGGAGCCGUUCAUUUAUGGUCGUAAUAGUAACGACCAAUUACUAAAGAUAGUCAAUCUUAGGGGAACAGAUGACUUCAUUGCCUUUCUCAGAAAACAGAAUAUUCACUUGGAUCCACGCCUCCGUUCAUACUUGGGGAUACAUCUCCGUGUUCGAUGGGAGCGCCUAAUUCACAGUGAGAACCAGCACCUAGUCAACCCAGAAGUCUGCGAUGUUAUAGAUAAGCUGCUACAGUUUGACUUUCACACUAGACUUACUGCCAAAGAAGCUAUGGAGCACCCCUAUUUCUCAUCAGUCGUGAAUGGCUAUAAUAAACCCGAAUCAAGCAGUUCAUCUUCCACCCAAGACAGCAGUGAAUCAGGGACUUCUUCAGCAACCCCUACAGCCGCUGGCUCUAUGCAUGGUUCUGCAGUGUCUGACUCUGGCACAGCCCCAGAGAAUCCAGAGAAACCUCCUUCACCUGCAGAGAGUCCUCCUGACCCAUCAGAGAAUCUUCCUGCACCUUCAGCCGAUGAUCCUAAGUCUCCUGAUACCCAAGGAGGGUUGCUGUGCAGCUCCCAGGCCUUCUAG